AUGAAGAAAUGGACCAGAAGGCUGUGGUCCUUGGUCUUUCUCCUGCCUUUCAUAUACCCCAUAGUCCUCGCGCAAGUACAUGAGGAUGCGGAUACGACGGUGACCGCAGAUGGAAGCUCACAGCCCUCAGUGGCCGCGCAGCCACCAUCGCCACAGCACCCAUUCCACGAACAAGCUGAUGGCAGGAGGAAGAUUGAUGGUGCCGAGCAGGUCGACAAAGCUCUUUUCUUCCUACGUGGAUAUGAACGAUUGCAUCCUCGGCCGUCACGGAAGGCACCGGGACUACUGGGCGUCUUUUGGAACUACCUCUUGUCACUGAUGCCACAGUUCUCGACUCUGGGGCCAGCUUCAGAAGGAUCGGUUGAAGGGCAUAGAGAACUUCCUGGACCUGUGGCAGAUGCUGUGCGGUUAUUGGAAGAGGCGGCGCAGGUUAACAAUCCAGACGCUAUAUUCCUUCUCGCUGAGAUACACUUCUAUGGAAACUUCUCUGUUCCGCCAGAUUAUUCACAGGCCUUCAGACGGUAUCAGCAAUUAGCCUCGUUGGAUGGGAAUAGCUCAGCACAGCAUAUGAUAGGAUUCAUGUACGCCACUGGAUUCGGAGGAGUUGUUGAGCAAGACCAAGCAAAGUCCCUGCUUUACCAUACCUUUGCAGCUGAAGGAGGGAGUGUCAAGUCCGCGAUGACAGUCGCGUUUCGAUACCAUGUUGGAAUUGGGGUUGCCCAGAGCUGCAAUACUGCCGUCAAGCACUACAAGAAGGUCGCUGACAAAGCUAUUGAAUGGUUCCGAUCUGGUCCGCCUGGAGGGAUGGCAUGGGUUCCCGAUUCUUAUCGACUUGCAGAUGAAGAUGGAGGUGUCUAUGGUGAGGGGGCAAGCUUUUCUAGCUCAGGGAACAACAGGAACAAGGCAGGCGUUAAUUCGGAUGCACAUGCUGCACUAGACGAUGUACUCGAGUACCUAGAUUUGAUGUCACGAAAAGGAGACUUCAAGGCCACUUUUAGUUUGGGACGAAUCCACUAUGAUGGCCAAAAGGGGCUUUCCAGGAAUAUGAAGAGCGCAAAGUGGUAUUUCAUGAAAGUUGCCAAGCUCUACUGGACGAGAAACGGCCAAAUCAUCGAGAGCGAGAAGCAAGGAUUGGAAAAAAUUGCGACCAAAGCGGCCGGCUACCUUGGUCGAAUGUUUAUGAGGGGAGAAGGUGUUGAGCAAAGUUUCGAGAAGGCUCAGAUCUGGUUCCAAAGAGGUAUCAAGAGUGGUGACGCUGGGUCUCAAUAUGGAAUGGGAUUAAUGUACUUGGAGGGACUUGGUGUGCCCAAGAACUCAGUUAAGGCACAGGAGUAUCUCAAGACUGCGGCAGACCAAGAUUACUCUCCUGCCCAGGUUGCCUUGGGCGCUUUAUUCUUGGAUCAAGGUACCGCAGCUGAUGUACAAGUGGCCACUAAAUAUUUUGAACUGGCCGCUCGGUAUGGCCAUAUCGAGUCAUACUAUUACUUGGCGGAACUCAUUGAGCAAGGUAUCGGAAAGGAAAGAAGCUGUGGCCUUGCGGCCAUGUACUAUAAGAGCGUUGCGGAGAAGGCUGAACCUCUUCUCUCAUCAUUUGCUGAAGCAAACGACGCGUAUGAGAAUGGCGAUCAUGAGCUAGCGUUGAUCGACUACAUGUUUGCAGCCGAGCAAGGCUACGAGAAGGGACAAGCGAAUGUUGCCUAUCUCCUCGAUCAGCAAAAGUCGAAAUGGGCCUUUCCAUCAUGGUUAUCCCUGAACUCGAUCCCUCGACCUCCCCUAUUCCGAAAUGGUGCUUUGGCUCUGAUGUACUGGACAAGGUCUGCCAAGCAGUCCAAUAUAGACUCCUUGGUUAAGAUGGGCGAUUACUACUUGGAGGGUAUUGGAACACAAGUCGAUUUGGAGAAGGCAGCUUCUUGUUACACGGCAGCGUGUGAGUACCAGCAAAGCGCACAGGCGCUUUAUAAUCUGGCUUGGAUGCAUGAAAAUGGUGUUGGUCUUACCCAGGAUUUCCAUUUGGCGAAGAGAUAUUAUGAUCUUGCCUUGGACACAAACGAGGAGGCAUAUCUCCCUGUGACUCUGAGCUUGCUGAAGCUGCGACUCAGAAGUGCAUGGAACACUCUCACACAGGGCUCAAUCAACUCCAUCCAAGAUGAGCCAGCACCAAAGAAACAGUGGUCGAUGAGUGAAUGGAUCUCCAACUUUCUCCGAGAUGACCACAUGUAUUAUGGUGACGCUGAUUACGAUGACAACUAUCUACCCGAAAACGACCCCAUGCCAGGUGGAGAUGCGGAUGGUAUGUAUGAGGACAUUAUCGAUGAUGGGAUUGUAGAGAGCAUUCUUAUCAUCGUCCUAGCUGCUGCUUUGGUGUUCCUGAUCUAUUACCGCCAGCAACGUCAACAGGCACAUCGAAGAGGCCAGGAAGCUGGGGCUGCUCAAAAUGGCGUCGCGCCUGAAGGACAACAGCAGCGGCAACAACGACAGGAUAAUGGCCUAUUCCCUCAGCCUGGAGAUCCGGACUUUGGUCAGUGGGUUGCUGGGGGUGUGGGUCAUUGA